AUGGGCUUGGUGCAAUACUCAGACUCCGAGGGCUCUGACGACGAGAAACAACCCAUCGCUCCAGCAGUCAGCGAACCUCAAACAAUAGCUCCAGACACAAAAUCAUCCCAGCCCGACCAGAAAUUCUCAUCAAUCGUAGACCGCGGAAACCCACGCAAAAUUCGAGUUGCGCUUCCCUCAAUCAAACCAGAAACUAGUGCUGAGGGCCCCGAAGAUGAUCAAGAUGGACCAGCAAGGAAAAAACCCAGGACAACAGGCGGCGGAAUAUUUUCCGGCUUUAAUUCCAUCCUUCCAGCGCCGAAACGCGCAAACUUACCAACUACAUCUAGCGGGAGCGGGAGCAAAAAUACAAAAGUAUUUAACUUGAAGACUGGUGCUGGGCCGGGAUUUGAUCGACAAGCGGACGCUGAGUGGCGGCAGGAACAGACAUUUACCCAGGCUUCGACAGCAGGCUCGGAGGAUGAUACGAUACCGAAAGCGGGGAGUUUGCGUAAUGAGGCGAAAGAAGGAAGUCUAUUGAAAGAGGAAGAUUAUAAGAAAAAGGGGAAUGCGAUGGUGUUUAAGCCUCUGUCUGUGGCACGCAAUGCGCCGAAGAAGAAGUCAGCUGCGUUUGUGGCUGCACGGGCUGCUGCUGCUACUCCUAGUGCUGUACAGAAGACCAACAGCUCAGAUAAUCUUUCUUCCGAGAAAGAUAUUUCCAAAUCGGCUGCCAGUAUUCCUGCAGCCGCAGCUCCAGCAAAACCUAAAGUCAGCCUCUUCUCAUUCUCAAGCGAAGAAAAGACUACACCGAUCACAACAACAAACGCAUAUGAUUACAGCCCCGAAUUCUCCGACCUCCCUACAACUGCAGAACAAGACAUAUCCACACUCGAACAACACACCCAACCAUCCAACUCCUACCCGACCCCCUCAACCCAUCAACAAUCCACCCUCGACGCCAUCGCCAACGACCUAAACCUCUCCCGCGCCCAGCGGCGACAACUCCUAGGCCGAAACCCCGGUACAGCAGCACAAGCCAACUCUCGAAUACUCACCUUCAACACCGAUGCAGAGUACGCAUCGAACCAGGAAAUGCUUUCCAAGACGACGGAAGAAGAACUUGCCGCUCAACAACAUAAUCCGGUCAGAGCAAUUGCACCGGGUAAGCAUUCCUUGAGGCAGCUUGUGCAGGCCGCGAGUUCGCAGAAAGAUGCGCUUGAGGAUAGUUUUGCAGCUGGGAGGAGGAAUAAGAAGGAGGCUGGAUCGAGGUAUGGAUGGUGA